CCUCUCUUCUUUCGUAUUGAACAAAAAACACGAACGCUCAUCUCUUCCUACAAGACACGAGUUCUAUGUGGUUCUGUCUCCUCCACACCUCCACCAGAAGAAAAUAAACCAAAAAAAGAAAAACCCGGAAAGAAAAUUGAUCCACGAUACUACCCAAUUGAGAGAUCUUUCGUUUUUAGGUAAUCCUGGAUUUAUUUCCAUUACACCCAAUUGUUUUCUAUCCGAGAAAAAGAUGCUUGCUUUCUCGCUUCCUCUUGUAAAAAUCCAGAUUCUUUGUGGAUUCUAGUGGCAGAGCUUCAUAAUCAUUUCGUUUCGUGCUCUUUGCCGUCGUACUGGGUUUUCUGGAUUUGUCUGAGAAUGGUGCUAACAUGUCGGAAUAUGGAUUUUGGGACGAGUGUUCUUGAUCUGGUGUCAAGUGGGUGUUCUUGUACUUCUCGGACUGGUCGUCGGUUCUUGUUUGGGAAUUAUUCGAGGACUGUGUAUAGGGUUAGUGGCAGCAGAAGCUAUUGCGGUUCAAAUUCGGUUCUUUUUAAGCGGAGCAUGGGGAGUUGCAGAGUGAUUCCGACAAAAUCUCCAAAGACUGCUCUUGCCGGCGGUAUCGGGGAAGAUAAAACAGUGACUCUCGAUUUGAGGAAAGAGCCAAGACAACAGAUUUCUUUGGCAAAUCUGUUCGAGGUAGUAGCCGAUGAUCUUCAGACACUGAACGAUAAUCUUCUGUCGAUUGUCGGGGCAGAAAACCCGGUCUUGAUUUCGGCUGCUGAGCAGAUUUUCGGUGCCGGUGGUAAGAGGAUGAGACCGGGACUGGUAUUCCUAGUAUCCCGGGCCACUGCAGAGUUAGUAGGCCUAAGGGAACUUACUACAGAGCAUCGGCGUUUGGCUGAGAUCAUCGAGAUGAUUCAUACCGCAAGCUUGAUACACGAUGAUGUCUUAGAUGAAAGUGAUAUGCGAAGAGGAAAAGAUACCGUUCACCAGCUUUAUGGCACGAGGGUAGCGGUUUUAGCUGGAGAUUUCAUGUUUGCUCAAGCAUCGUGGUACCUUUCCAAUCUCGAGAAUCUCCAAGUCAUCAAGCUCAUCAGCCAGGUGAUCAAAGACUUUGCAAGCGGCGAGAUAAAACAGGCAUCUAGUUUGUUCGACUGUGACAUCGAGCUUGAUGACUACUUGCUCAAGAGUUACUACAAGACGGCCUCGUUAGUUGCCGCGAGCACAAAAGGAGCCGCCAUUUUCAGCGGGGUAAACAGUGACGUGACGGAACAAAUGUAUCGGUUUGGGAAGAAUCUCGGGCUUUCUUUCCAAAUAGUCGACGACAUUUUGGACUUCACUCAGUCCACCGAACAGCUCGGGAAGCCAGCAGCUAAUGACUUAGCCAAGGGAAACUUAACCGCCCCCGUGAUCUUCGCCCUCGAGAGCGAGGCGAGGUUGAGAGAGAUCAUUGAAUCCGAAUAUUGUGAGCCCGGUUCCCUUGAAGAAGCGAUCGAACUGGUGAUUAGUCACGGUGGAAUCGAGCGGGCACGAGAAUUAGCGAAGCAGAAAGCCGAGCUCGCGAUAAAGAAUCUUCAAUGCCUCCCUCGGAGCGAUUUCAGGUUGGCUCUUGAGGAAAUGGUGAUGUAUAAUCUUGAAAGGAUCGAUUAGUUUGUGAUUGAAAGAAAAAGGAAGAAGAUACGACGAGAAAGCGACUUGAAAGCUAAACCCGAGUAUAGUAUAGAACAUAAAGGGCGAGGUGCCUGCUGUCUGAGGCAGCCAUUGUAGCAUCUCUUUGCUGGUGUGAAACUGUAGGAAAUUCUGCAGCCAUUGAAGCAGCUUGCUGUUUCAGUGUUACACUUAGAAUAUGUGUCUGUAACAUUGCAUGAACGUGAAACCAGGUUCGGUUAUAUUGA